AUGUCAGCUUCAACGUCUUACCAGCCCGUCUUGACGGAAAAGAGCAUCAACCCGCACGUGCUCAACGUCGAGUACGCUGUACGAGGGGAAUUGUCCAAUCGCGCCAACAAAUAUGCAGAGCUGCUGGCUUCGGGGGACAACGAAAAGGUCAAGAAGGAGAAUGGCAUUCGCUUUGAUAGCGUCGUCACUGCCAACAUCGGUAAUCCGCAACAGCAACCUUACCUAGCCCAGAAGCCGCUGACGUUCUGGAGACAGGUCAGUGACGAAUGUGAUGGCCAGUGCCAAGCGGGCUGUGCGGCAAGUUGUGGCACCCAUAUGACUGACUGACACGCGUCAUGCCCCCCCCUCCCCCUUCUCGUGGAUGCAGGUUGCGGCAUUGACCGAGUAUCCCGACCUGCUGGAGAACAAAUCUGGCACUUUGUCAGAUCUCUUUCCCUCCGAUGCCCGAGCUCGUGCUGAGCAGAUCCUACACGAUGUUGGCAGUGUUGGAGCAUACUCCCACAGCAAGGGGGCAUCGAGCAUCCGCAAGCACGUCGCACAGUACAUCGAAGGUGCGUAGAGCUCGCGUUUGCCUCGAGGCGCUGCAGUGCGUUGGAAGGAUUCUGUUGAAACCCCUCCAUCCUGCGUCGUCUUCACCCCCCUCCAUAGAGCGAGAUGGCCAUCCUUCAGAUCCGGAGCUGAUCUACCUGACUGCGGGCGCCUCGGCUGGCGUUCAGCUGCUCCUCUCGGUGGUUGUAUCAGGACCAGAAGUAGGAGUGAUGAUCCCCAUUCCUCAAUAUCCGCUCUACUCUGCCGCACUCGCCUUCAACAACUGCCACGCUGUGCGGUACGAGCUGGACGCGGACGAUGAUUGGGCAGUGGAUGUAGCAGCGAUGGGCCGAACGGUGGACGAGGAGCGUGCAAAGGGUGUGGAUGUUCGCGCUUUGGUGGUCAUCAAUCCAGGCAACCCUACAGGAAGCUGUUUGACAGAGGCAAACAUUCAAGAUAUCCUCAAGCUGGCGCACGAAAAGAGACUAGUAGUUAUGGCAGAUGAGGUGUACCAAAGGAACAUUUAUCACCCCGAUCAGCGACCCUUCAUCUCCUUCAAAAAGGUCUUGAGAGACUUUGGAAAGAGCGGCAAUGCCGAGGAAAUGGAGUUGGCGAAUCAGGUGGAGCUGGUCAGCUUUCACUCGAUUUCCAAGGGCGUCAGCGGCGAGUGUGGAAGGAGAGGAGGAUACUUUGAGUUGACCAAUAUGGACCCAAAGGUGGAGGCGCAGGUGUACAAGAUGGCAUCUGUCAACUUGUGUCCUCCACUGCAAGGACAAAUCGGUGUGGAUCUGUUGGUGCGGCCUCCAAAGGAAGGCGAGCCAAGCUACGCGCUGUGGAAGGAAGAAACAGAAGGAAUCCAUGAAACGCUCAAGAAGCGCAGUCGAAAGAUGGCGGAUCAAUUCGCCAAACUUCCUGGAGUCAAGUGCGGGGAGGCUCAAGGAGCGCUGUAUCUGUUUCCCGAGAUCACCUUGCCUCCCAAAGCGAUCGAAGCUGCAAAGAAGGAGGAGAGGAAACCAGACUUGUACUAUUGCUUGAGGUUGUUGGACGCUACAGGUAUUUGCGUUGUGCCUGGAAGCGGCUUUGGCAAGCAACCCGGCCCGAAUGGAGAGUGCUUCCUGUAAGUCAUGCCCGACGCCCGCAGACAAUGAGCGAUUCACACUACUGACUCGGAUACGGGAUAUCGAUGCGUCCUCUUAAACGCCAGCCGCACAACUGUCCUGGCCAAGGAGACUGACGAAUUCAUCCAGCGUUUCGGCGACUUUCACAAGUGAGUCCAUAAAGCGCUUGUCGGAGGAUCUUCCCGCUCAGCCUCUCAUACGUCUGACUCGCCUGCUUCGAUCGAACCGAUACCCUUGUCCGAUCCUAGGUCGUUCCUCAAGGAAUUCGAAGGAUAA